GCGCGAGACCGAACUACACAAACCGCUCCUUGGACGCGGCCAUUUUGAACCGUGGUGGCGCUCGCUGUUUGGUUGCAGUGACUUAUUUGACUCUCUGGAAUCAAGGCUCCCAGUCUGUUUCCGUUACUGGCUGGCGCUAGUAAAUCAGAUAACUCAGAAGUGAAGGUUUAUAUAGUUCUCGAGAGGGGCGUAUUGUGAGAUCAGGACGAGAGAAAAGCUGGGAUCAGCCUCAGCAGAGUUUAGAGAGGAACUCAGCACACGAAUUGAAAUGAUUGACUCAGUCAAAGUAAGGAGACAGAGCACCUUGGAUUUUUACUCUCACUAUGAAUUCCUCUGUGCUGUUCAAGGCUCUGUCCCACUAAAAACUGUGAAAGCUGAUGUGAAUCAGGGCAUUCUUGAGCUAAAUGCAGAUCGCCUCAAGGCUUCUGAUUGGGCACCACUUCUGAAUGCUAUCAGGCAUAAUAAGACUUUGACUUCUAUUGUAAUAAGAAGCUUUCAUCAACAGGGUCUUGGAGAAUCAGGGGCUGACAGACCUAAAACCUACUUUAGAAGACGAAUUCCAGCAAUUCGAUCAAAAGACAUGACUACUCAAUUAUGUAAAGCCAUCAGAGGUUGUCUGAAUAUAUCAAGUGCUCUAAAAAAUGUGGAACUUGAGGGACUGCUUCUAAGAGAGCGAGAUCUAAUAUUUUUAACAAAGGGGUUGGCUAAGACGUCAUCUUUGGAGAGCUUGUCAUUAGCACAUUGUCCAAUUGGAGAUGGAGGAUUGGAAACAAUCUGUCAAAGUGUGAGAAACUCAGCCAACAUCAAAUCUAUAAAUUUUACAGGAUGUAGUUUGACCUGGCGGGGAGCAGAACACUUGGCCAAUGUCUUAAAGCAUCAGGCAAUGAAAAGACAUGGUGAAGCUUGGGCUGAAAGCCUGCGCUAUAGGAGACCUGAUCUUGACUGCAUGGCAGGUUUGAGGCGUAUCACUCUCAACUGCAAUACACUUGUUGGUGAUCGAGGGGCUAGAGCCUUUGCAGAAUGUCUUGGAGAAGACCUGUGGCUGAAAGCACUUGACAUGCAGCAGUGUGGAAUUUCCAAUGAUGGGGCAAAAUCAUUGUUAGAUGCUUUUCAAACUAAUACAACUCUAGUGAUAUUGGAUGUAAGAAAAAAUCCAUUAAUUGAUCACACUUUGAUGAAAAAACUUAUUGAAAGAGUUCUCAUGAAUGGAAACAGUGCCAGUUCAGAGUACAAGUGGCUGACAUCUCCUUCUUCAAAGGAAGUUCUCAAACCUAAAUCAAAAAAAAGAACUAUUGUCCUAGGAAGUGGUCGGAAAGGAAAAGCUACUAUUCGUAUUGUGAUUUGGAGACACAGAGGAUUAGCAUCUAAAAAGCCCAUACACCCUGGAAAGAGUCCAUCUGAUAAAGAUACCUAUUCCCCAAAACCAUUACCACCAGGUGCAUAUGGUUUUCUACCUUGGCGUACUGCAGAGCGUGCAAAGAGGUGCAGGGGAUUCCCAGUGGAUGGUACUCAGGAGUUACCACUGAAGUUCCAGACAGGCAUUCCUGUGAAAGUGACAGUGGAAAGUGCUUCUGCAUCUGAAACUGAAGAGACAGAAGGGACUUUAGAGGACAUUAUGCAUGAUCCUGACUUGACAGAAUCCCCACUUAAAACUAAUGUAAGACGAUAUCAGCAAUUACGGACAGAACUGGAAGAAUGUCUAUUAAAAUUAAAGGAAGAAAGAAGGGCAAGAGUAAAGGCUGAUGAACGGAUAAUGGAGCUGGAAGUUGAAAAUGCCCGAUUAAGGAAUCUAAACUUCUCUCUGUCUGAGGUUCUUCAUGCGCAGUCAGUAACCAACAUGAUUCUGGAAGAUGAAGGUGUUCUGGGCAGCAUUGAGACCUCUUUCCAAAAGUUUCAUGCUUUUUUAGACCUUCUUAAAGAUGCUGGACUUGGACAACUUGCCACAAUAGCUGGGAUAGACCAAUCUGAUUUUGGUUUGUUGGGCCAUCCCCAAAUGAAUUCUACUGUUAGCAAACCUGCUAUUGUACAAAAGGAGAAAUCAUAUGAAGAAGAAAGACAAGAACAAACACAGACUAGCAAAAAUGUUGGUGGAGACAUCAAAGUUUCUCUUCCUGGCUUCAUCCAUUCUCAGGUCCUUGUGAAUAAUACCUGUGCCAUUCCCAGAGAAAUACAAGAAUUUCAGGUCACUGUUCAGCAGCAGCAAGGUUUAUUGGGAGAAACUGAAGCUCAAAUGGAUAAUCAAGGAAAGGAAGAGGAAACAUCCAAAAAUAGCAGGCCAUCAUCCUCUGAGAAGAGUGUCAAAUUAAGUGAACAGACAAAAGGACAUUCUUUGAAGCAAUCAGCUACUAAUCAGUGUUCAUUUUCUGAUUCCAAUGUAAAUCUGAAGAGCAAAGGUAGCAAAAAAUUCAGUGCCACUUCUAGUGAAGACAGCCAAAACGGUUCCUCAAAAAAACACAUCUACAGAACAAAUGAAACUGGAAUUGUAAAUGUUGCAGUCCGAGGAGAUCAAAAUAAACACCAAACAGCAGAUCAUUCUAGAAAUGACACAGAGGGAUUUGAUUCUGAAAUACAAGAAAGUAUCCAUUCCAUGAAAAGCAUUUGAAAUGAGUCUAAAAAGAAAGUUCACAUUAUUUUCCACAUGUGUAAAAUAAAAAAUAUCCAUAGUUUCUUUUUGAGAGAAAUGUAUGCUUUGAAAACUUUGUAAAACUUUUCACACUCUUGACUGUUUCUGUUUCAUAUAACCGUAAUCUUUUCUCAUUACACAGUUUGUAGCAAAACCAAAUGAAACAUCAUCAGAAUGGUACCCUUCAAUGUUGUCUGAGUUUAGAAAGGCUCUGAUGUGAUGCAGAGGGGUGUUUGAUUUCCUGUGCAGUACAAAUGAAUAUAGAUUUAUUAAAUAGUAAAGUUUUAAGCAAAUAAAAUGAAUGAGACAGUACUAAUUAUGAUUUGCAUUUUUAGUUGAUCAUAUUUCAGACCAUUGUUUAGUAGCAAUUGCAUAUCCAUUGGUGCCUAAGACACUAUGGUAUAUUCUCCCUUCAUUGUUUAUGCAUAGCUCCCAUUAUUAUUGGGAAAAUCAAGGGUGAGUCUAAACCCCUUGCUAGUUAAUACUGUUCAUUAAAGUAUGUUCUUGGUUCAUAAUUAUAGACACAAUAGUGGUUUUGUAUCUCUUUGGCAGUAACACAUGAAUUGAAAUUACAGUAAUACUAUAUAAGUAAUUUGUUUUCUUCUUUUUUAUUAUUAUAGAACGUAAGCCGUAACUCUUACUGACUCAAUUGAAAAUUUCAAGCAUUUUUGUUGUUUUCAGACAGUGGAGUGUAUCUCUAUUUAAUCAGCCUAUAUUAGGUAUGGUGAUUCUGUUUUUGUAUUAAGACAGUUAUUGAUUGCAUUCAAUCACUAGCAUGUCCCACUUGAAACUGUAGUUUCUGAGAUGGUGAUGGUUAUUCUGAGAUAGUGAAACCAAUUUGAUUUGGCUUCAUAGAGAUGGCUAAGAGGUUUAGUAUUGGGAUCACUUCCUGCUUGCUGGUUCAAGACUAGCUAGUGAAGUCAUUACUAUCAAAUGGCUGUUAAAUGGUCUUUUAAAAUGAAUGAAUUUUGUUGGUCCAGUUCUUAGUGGACAAGUGCCCUUAUCACAAAAAUUCAUAUUCUAUCUAAUGUGUCCUCUUGUUAGUAAUCUUAGCAGUGAUGCCAAUGACAGAAGGAACACAGAGCCUGAAAAAUCAGAUUUUGAUGCUGCUGAGAGUAACAAAAAUACCUAGGAAGUUAGAACUACCUCCUUGCCCUAGAGCAAGGGUGGCCAACCUGAGCCUGAGAGGGAGCCAGAAUUUACCAAUGUACAUUUCCAUAGUAGUACAUCAGCAGCCCCCAUCAGUACCUCCACUCCCGCUCCCAGAGCCUCCCACCCACCAGCAGCCUGCCAAUCAGCACCGUCCCCCGAGGGGACGGGAAGGGGUGGAGUGGGGGCAGGGCCUCUGGCAGAGCCAGGGGUUGAGCAGUGAGCAACCCCCAGCACAUUGGA